GCGGGCGAGCAAGAGCCGCGCAGGGCCGGAGCGCCGCCAUCUUAGCUGGCUGCUGCCGCUGCGCUCGGCUGAGGGGAAGGCGCAGGAGGCGACCGGCGGGCGAGCGAGGGAGGGAAGGCGGCGGAGUCGGCGUCGCUCCCCGGCCUCUUCCCCCUCAGGGCUGCGGUCCCCGGCCGGCGGCGCGGGAGAGCCCCCUUCUUCGUUGCGCGGGGGUGGGUGGCUCGGGGGGCGGCGGUGGGAGGGGAGGAGAAGCCGCUGCCCGGGCCGGAGAUGCCGCGCGCCCCGCUGGCCCCCGCCUGCCUCCUGGCUGCGCUGCUCUGCGCGGGGAUCCGCGCCGCUCGAGUUAACAAGCACAAACCAUGGAUCGAAACAACUUACCAUGGCAUAGUUACUGAAAACGACAACGCAGUACUGUUGGAUCCUCCGCUAAUAGCUCUGGACAAGGAUGCCCCACUCCGUUUUGCAGAGAGUUUUGAGGUGACAGUCACCAAAGAAGGUGAGAUUUGUGGAUUUAAAAUUCACGGGCAAAAUGUCCCCUUUGAAGCCGUGGUGGUGGAUAAAACCACUGGCGAGGGCAUGAUACGAUCCAAAGAAAAACUUGACUGCGAGCUGCAGAAGGACUACACAUUCACCAUCCAAGCUUAUGACUGCGGGAAAGGACCAGAUGGAGCCAACGCGAAAAAAUCCCACAAAGCAACGGUGCACAUCCAGGUGAACGAUGUGAACGAGUAUGCGCCUGUGUUUAAGGAGAAGUCUUACAAGGCAAUGGUGAUUGAAGGGAAGAGGUACGACAGCAUCCUCAGAGUGGAAGCCGUGGAUGCCGACUGCUCUCCCCAGUUCAGCCAGAUCUGCAGCUAUGAAAUUGUGACUCCAGAUGUUCCUUUUGCGAUCGACAAGGAUGGUUACAUUAAGAACACGGAGAAACUGAAUUAUGGCAAGGAGCACCAGUACAAGCUCACUGUGACGGCCUACGACUGCGGGAAGAAACGGGCGGCUGAGGACGUGCUGGUGAAGAUCAGCAUUAAGCCAACGUGCAAGCCUGGCUGGCAAGGCUGGAGCAAAAGAAUGGAGUACGAACCCGGGACGGGCUCCCUGGCUCUCUUCCCCAAUAUCCAUCUGGAAACGUGCGACGAGCCCAUCACUUCUGUCCAAGCCACGAUUGAGCUGGAGACCAACCACAUUGGGAAAGGCUGCGACCGAGAUACUUACUCUGAGAAAUCCCUUCACAGGCUGUGCGGUGCUUCCUCUGGCACAGCUGAGCUGCUUCCCCCUCCGAGUAACACUGCCAACUGGACGGCCGGCCUUCCUACAGACAAUGGCCACGACAGCGACCAAGUCUUCGAGUUCAAUGGCACCCAGGCGGUGAAGGUUCCAGACAACGUCGUCACAGUCAACAUGAAAGAGCCCUUUGUGAUCUCCGUCUGGAUGAGGCACGGACCUGGAUCUAGGGAAAAGGAGACCAUCCUCUGCAAUUCAGACAAGACAGACAUGAACCGGCACCACUAUUCACUGUAUGUGCACAACUGCCGACUCGUCUUCCUCUUCCGCCAAGAUCCUUCCGAGGGGCAGAGCUACAAACCGGCAGAAUUCCACUGGAAACUGAACCAGGUGUGUGACAAGGAAUGGCAUCAUUAUGUCCUCAACGUAGAAUUGCCCACAGUGACUCUCUACGCCGAUGGUGUUUCUUUCGAUCCUUUCCCCGUGACGGAGGAUUACCCGCUUCAUCCUUCCAAAAUAGAGUCCCAGUUGGUGGUUGGAGCAUGCUGGCAAGAAUAUUCAGAAAAUGAGAAUGACACAGAAAAAGCGACUGAGAUCCCUGCAGGUGGCGAGCAUCGCAUGGCUCAGUUCUUCCGAGGCAACCUGGCCGGCUUGAUGAUACGCUCGGGUAAACUGGAGAACAAAAAAGUGAUCGACUGUCUCUACACCUGCAAAGAGGGGCUGGAUUUGCAGAUGGCCGAGGACAGCAGCAAAAGCCUGAAGAUCCAAAUGAAUCCAAGCCAGUCGGUGUUGACCUUGGAAGGAGAUGACAUUGACCAGUUCGACAAAGCCAUGCAGCGCAUUUCCUACCUGAACUCUCGCCAGUUCCCAACACCCGGGAUCAGAAGGAUCAAGAUCACAAGUGCGGUCAAGUGUUCCAACGAGGAGGCCUGCAUGGCCAUUCCCUUUGUCGACGGCUACGUCAUGGUCUUGCAGCCUGAGGAACCAAAGAUCAGCCUGAGUGGCAUCAACCACUUCGCCCGUUCUGCUUCCGAGUUUGAGAGCCCCGAAGGGGUCUCCCUCUUUCCCGAGCUCCGCAUCAUCAGCACCAUCACUCGGGAGGUUGAGCCGGAGGGAGACGGUGACGAAGAUCCCACAGUCCAAGAAUCUUUGGUGUCCGAAGAGAUCAUGCACAACCUGGACACCUGUGAGGUGACCGUCGUAGGGGAGGAGCUGAACCAAGAGCAGGAGAGCCUGGAGGUGGAUCUGGUCCGGCUGCAGCAGAAGGGAAUGGAGAUGAGCAGUUCCAACCUCGGCGUGAUCAUUACGGGGGUCGACACAAUGGCCAGCUAUGAAGAGGUUCUGCAUCUGAUACGCUACCGCAACUGGCACGCCGUGGCUCUGUUUGACCGGAAGUUUAAAUUGGUCUGUUCGGAGCUCAAUGGCCGUUACGUCAGCAAUGAGUUCAAAGUGGAGGUGAACGUCAUCCAUACGGCCAACCCUGUGGACCAUGCCAGCCACAUGGCUGCCCAGCCUCAGUUUGUCCAGCCUGUCCACCAUUCCUUUGUUGACCUCUCUGGCCACAACCUGGCUAAUCCGCACCCUGGGUUUUCAGUGGUCCCAAGUACGGCCACGGUUGUGAUCGUGGUCUGCGUCAGCUUCUUGGUCUUCAUGAUCAUUCUGGGAGUGUUCCGCAUCCGAGCUGCCCACCAGCGAACGAUGCGAGACCAGGAUUCUGGGAAGGAGAACGAGAUGGACUGGGACGAUUCUGCUCUGACCAUUACAGUUAACCCUAUGGAGACGUACGAGGACCAGCACAGCAGCGAGGAGGAGGAGGAAGAGGAGGAGGAGGAGAGCGAAGACGGUGAGGAAGAGGAUGACAUCACCAGCGCGGAGUCGGAAAGCAGCGAAGAGGAGGAGGGCGAGCAGGAAGAGGACCAGCAGAACGUCAGUCGGCAGCAACAGCUCGAGUGGGACGAUUCCACGCUCACCUAUUGAUCCCAGCCGUUCCCACAGCCGCCUAUCUUGUCCUUCUCUUCCAGAAGACUCCACAACAACCCACUCCAUCGCUCCCGAGGAUCAAUGGCGUAAGCAAAUCGCUUGGGCCUGUAGAGUCAACCAGUGCACCCCGACUCUCACCAUGUCUCUCUCUCUCUCUCUUUCCUGCCUAGCUUCCCCGAAAGCUCUGUCUCUAGAAAUCUAGCUCGCUGCUCCUCCCUCUUCUUUAUCCCACAGUGACUGGAUGGGCGGGGGUGUUUUUUUUUUAUUCUGCAAGGAAUUGCCUUGUGUGCACUCUCUCCUCACCUCAUCUUGUUUUAAGAGACUCUGUAACAAACACACAGGCAAGACUGUCUGGCUUUUUACAUUUUUAUUUGGGGGGUGGGGUGUAGGGGAGGCAUUUCCCAGCUUUGUUCCUCUUCUCAUGCUUUCUUGGAGAAAACAAUUCCAGGACUGUUCGUUGAUGAAAAGUAACUUGGGGGCAGGGGCGUUUUUAUUUUUUCCUCCCCCCCCUUUUUUUUUUGCCGCUCACUUCAUCCCCGUGAAUCUUUUAAAGUCUGUUCUCACCUUUCCACCUUCUAGUGCAUGUGUAAAGUGGCAGAAUGAGGUUAAUAUGUAGAAGAUUAACAAGACUUUUUAAUAUUUUGUAAAUAUAUUGGAAUUAUGUAAUUAUGUCCUUCGUGGUAGUGAAAACGGGGAGGGAGGGGAUAAAACCAUGGUAAGGUUUAAAAAAAAAAAAGAAAUAAAUAAAAAAGUCACACAGCAUGAUAUAGAAGUAAGCUUUUUUCCUGGGGUCAAGGUUAAUUUAGUGAAUUAGAAGAAUUAAGUGAUGAUGCGGUGGCUAUCGGACUCCGCUACCAACUCCACUCUCGUCCAGCUCUGUUGAUGGGUUCUCCCCUUUCUUAAUUUUAUUUCAGGGGCAAAACUUGUCAGCAAAACUGCAAAGGUCUUUUCCACGAACCUUUCUCGGGGAGAGGUGGGGUGGGACCAGCUGCCCUGGCUUUUGCCAUUUCAGCCGUGGGUUCUUUGUGCAUUUGGCUUGUAGGGAGAGGGAGGCAGCUAACCUCCAAUGAGGAUGGCAGGUCUGUUCUUUUUGCACGUGUGGAGAAGCCGGGGCUUCCCGAUUUCACAGUCGCAGCUGCCACAGGGGUGGCUCUGUCUCCUGUAAUGAAGGAGGCAGAAGGGCCCUGCAUGGUUUGUGUUUUGCCUUGGCUACUAUUCUAGACAGGUGAAUGCAGUUUGGGGAGAAGGCCCGGCAGGCUUGGGCCUGGUUACUGGCAUCAUUCCUGUUUGAAACACUCUGUGUCAUUCCCUGUAGCUCCUUGUACUUCGGAUAUGGGUGUCCUGAGCUCUUUUUUUGUUUGUUUACACAACGGCCAUAGGUCCUUCCUAGUGAAAUCAAAGAAUAAAUGAUCCAAGAUGACCUUGCAGAUCCACUUACUGAGGUUCCAAGACCACAAGGUUUGGAGUGGGGUGAGGCCGCCUCAGACAAAACCUCACUGGGGCUUGGAGAGGACCAGAGAGCCCAAAGGAGGUGAAAAGCGAGUUAUGACCCCAUUUGCAGGGGGUGAGUGCUAGGCUUUUCGGAAGGCGAGCUGUGUUCUCCUCUGUGUGAACUCUCCUGUGAGAGAGGCUCCGGUUUUGUUGCUUUCUGGUCGAUUAUGAUUAUUGGGGGGGGGGGGGAUGAUGGUGAUCUUCAACUACAGAGAAAACCUUGAUUUUAAGCACAGCACUGCUUAGGCGCUCCUCCGCUGGGUCGCUGACGGGGGGUAAGCUGAAUUCUGUCUGGCUGAUGUUACGUGGGGCAUCUUUAAGUGUGGGUGCUCUUGUCUGCCAGACUGGCCUUUUGCUUUUUGGGCUCCAGAAUCACUCACAGGGAAGCCGGUAAAAGCCCUUGGAUUCUUGCUGUUCCCAAAGUCAGGCAGUUGGAAGGGAUUACAGACAUUUCUUGGAUCCUUUGGAAACUAAGCUAUUUCCUUUGUUUCUUUUUUUUCCCCCUCUGCCCUUCUAUCAAGCAGCCUAGUUCUUGGGUUUCUGUGGAUGAAAAUCUGGUCUCUGGAGUGCCUUUUACAAUAGAGGAUUGGUUUGAAGGCAGGCAAGGUUUAACCCACACAAAUCAGCAUAACCUUUUUUUAAUGUAAAAAAAAAAACAUUUAGAAUUUUUUAAAUGGGCAGGGAAAAGCCAGUCUCAGUUACUUUUACAUGGUAUCAAAACUGCUAGAUUUAAACCUGGGAAAACUUUUAACUUAUGUCCGAGUUGUCCUGUGUUUCAGUGUCAUUGUGUGGAAGAUUUUUAACCCCUUCCAUUAUGCCAUCACUGUAGCGGCUGUAUUUUUAAGACUGUAAACUUGAUCAUGAGUCUCUCUCUCUUAAAAUGCUAACGCUGAAAGGUUGUAAACUUUUUUCUGAUGCCGUUUGUAGCCAUUAUGGGUCUAACAUUUCAGAUGUGUAUAUUGGUAAAUAGGUUGAGUUUGGAAAGUCUGAGCUACAAUAAAUUUCUGGUUCUAAA